AUGCAGCUAAGGGGUCGUCACGGCGUCCCAGGGUCCAACCACCUGCGAAGCCAGGCGGAUGAUGACGAAGAAGUUCUCUUCCAGUCGGAUGACGCGUUGGGUCUCGGCUGCAGCCCCGGCCUCCUCGACACUGGCACGACCGAGGCAGACCAGGUCCUCUUCGAUGCGGCGACUGAGGCGAACACUCCCAGCGAUGACACGAGGGAUGACGACCUGCAGGAGGUGGACGCAACAGACGGACAGCUCGGGCCGGCACGAGGACUCGCGCUUCCAGUCCUGGGCUCCACCCGCUUGCCUUUCAACGCCCUGGCAGCUGCAAAGUACUGCUGUCAGAUGGCCAGCCGCGGUGGCCUCGAGUCGACCAGCGUCCCGCCGCAGCUGCGUCGGCUGAUGUACCUUCGAUGGCUGGGCGUCCUUCGGGGGCAGACUCCCAGGGAAUGGCUCGAAGAGUUGAGGCCGCGCCGAGCAGAGUUCUUCAGACUGGCACGACAGGUCCAGGACACGGAUGCCAGCCCGGCCGAAGAGAAGCAGCGCAAGCAAAUUCGUUUGGACCUAGCGCGCUGCUUUUCAGAGGUUCCUCGCCUCAGCUGCGGCGCCGUGCGUGCAGCGCUUCGGCAAGUGCUAGAGGUGCAUGUGCGCAGGUCUCGAGAUCUUCGAGGGGAAGCGCCCGUGUACUGUCAGGGCUAUCAUGAGCUCGCAGCGGUUAUGUUGCUGGUCUGCAUGGAUGGCUCCUGGCCCUCCGACCCACAGCACGUCGCCGAACAGCUUGCGGCCUCUACUCGAAUGGGAGCGGUGGUGGAUACAGACGACGUCCCGGUCUACGAAGAGCUCGCGAGCCUGGAGGCGGCUCUUGCGGACGCGCUGGCUCUCCUGGAGGCUCUUCUCUACGAUCACCGGCUCGCGGACAUGUACGAGCCUAGACGUGGAACGCGGACAGGCGAUGCUGAGGACGACGAGGAGGCCGUCGUCGCAACUCGAUGCAAGCGCAUCUUCAUGGCACUGCGAAGGGUCUCCCCGGACCUGGCCAAUCAGAUUGAAAGCUGGGACAUGACGCCCCACGUGCUGCUACUGCGUUGGGUGAGGCUUCUUUUCCUGCGAGAGCUGCCAUUCCCAGAGCAGCUCUUGGUAGCCUGGGAUACACUUUUUGCUGACGCCCUUGUCUUCUACCAAGUGGAGGCCAGCCCCCAAGUGAGGCUGAAGAUUACGCAGGUUUUGUCUGGAGAGUCCCCGGAUCUCCUGGAGCGCAGUUGGGGAUGA